CUUUGACCAUAGAAUUUUGAAAAUUUGAAAAAUCAUUAAUCUGAAACUACUGCUUCCCUAGCGAUUUUACUUGAGCUGGAGUAUUUAUUCAGUUAGACACCCAUGUCUGUUCUAUUUUUGGAACAAUUUGAUUAAAGAUUCAAAAAUGGGAUUGGCUAACUCCAUUCAACAAACGGUCUCGUCUAAUAUAAUCACACCAACAGAGCUAAAGAUUGUGGUGGUGGGGGAGGCAGGGCAAGGGAAAUCUACCCUCAUCAAUAGACUCCUUGGAAAAGAAGUGGCAAACGAAGGAGACCAGUUCGAUGCUGGUACUGCCGAAAUCAAGUAUUAUAAUUUAGAUCAGAAUGGGAUAUCGGUCAAAAUAUGGGACAUGCCAGGGUUUGGGUUUAGUAGUGAGGAAGAAGACGAGAAGAUGGUUGAGCAGCUCCGUCGCAGUGAUUGCUUUCCUCACGAUUUGGCUUUGUUUUGUUUCAAGAUGGACGACACCAGGUUUCCAAAACGAAUUCACACCGACACUGUGAAGAUAUUCACUCAAAUAUUUGGCAAGAAAUUUUGGAAGCACACGGUAUUUAUCCUUACCUUUGCAAAUGCCGUUUUGCGCUUGUGCCCAGAAGACGAGGAGGUAGAAUAUUUCUUUUCUAACAGAGUCGAAACUUUGCAAAACAAGAUUCAUGCAAUGCUAAGAAAGACGGUAGAUGGAUUAUCUGAUGAUGAGGUGAAGAAGAUACGUGCCAUUCCUGUUGGCUCAUACAAGAAAGGAGGCUAUGAUCCUGAUAAUCCAUGGAGGCUGCCUGAUCGUGAGGACUGGUUUGUCUGGUUCUGGAUUGAAUGCACAGAGCACAUGCGUCAGGCUUCAUUGCGUGCUCUCCUUCAAGCCAAUCGUCAUCAAAUUAAUAUACCAGUAGUCAGUGAAGUUGCACCUGCCUUUGGAGAAGACCCACCACUUCAUAAAGAGGCAUAUGAGCGAAGCAUUCACCCACCUAAUGGGAUGUCUCUAGAGAAGAUUGAUGAUGGAGUUCAAGAUGGUGGUGGUGGUGGUGGUGGUGGUGGUGGGUUUGAAGAAAAAUAUAAAGAUACUGAUUCAGAAGAGAGUUUGAGUGCACCUUUACAACCAGAAAGAGGAACAGAGGUUACUAUGAUUGAACCUUUACGACCAGAAGGAAAAACAAAGACUGCUAUGAUUGAACUAUUUGAAAAAUUGCAAUUGAAAGAACAACAGUGUGCAAUUUACAAGCUUGACUUUGAAGCCGAAAGAAAUGAUCGACUGAGGUUACAUCAACAGUGUGAGGAAUUAAAUCAAGAAUUAAGAAAAGCAAAAGAGAGAAUUAUAGAAUUAGAACAAGAAAAGGCAGACAAGAUUAAGGAAAUAAAGAAAGAGAUGCAAACAUUAACAACGCAAGUCAAUGCUUACAAUCGUGAGAUCGAUAGACAAAAAGGAUUAGUGACUCAGAGUCAAGAAAAGCACAAAGCUGAGGUCGCUAGAAUGAGACAGCAAUUAGAUCAGGAACAUGCAAAGCAAGAAAAGGAGAUCGAAGGCAUGAGGAAAGCAAAUAAGGUAUUGAUGGAGAGGGAUUCGGCAUUAAAGCAGUCACAAUUAGCGUUGGAAGAAGAAUUACAUCAAGCUAAAGAAGAAAAUACUUCUCUUCGCAUUGAAAUAUCAAAAUUACAAAGCAGUUGGAAAGUGAAUCACAAAGAUGUUACUCUGUCAAAAGAAGAGCUUGGUAGAGGAGGUUGGGGUGUUGUAUGGGUCGGUCAGUUCAGAGGGCAUUCUGUUGCUGUUAAGGAAUUACAUGAGGCAAUACGUAGUUCACUCUAUCUGGAGAAUCUUCAUCGUGAGAUCAAUACAAUGUCUCAAUUGCGUCAUCCUAAUCUCCUCCAGUUUAUAGGAGCUGUGUUAGACCAUCCAUCAGGUAAUCCUAUGAUUAUCACUGAAGUAAUGGAUACCUCAUUGCGUAAAGCUUAUGAGAGGAAAGAGCUGACCCCUGACCCUGGCUGUAGACCAGUGAUUCUCUACAUAAUGCGUGAUGUAGCUGUUGGCCUGAACUACCUACACUGUCUACCUGAUCCUAUUAUUCAUCGUGAUGUCAGCAGUGCUAAUGUACUACUGGAAUCAAAGGGAGACAAGAAAUGGAAGACUAAGAUAUCUGACUUUGGAUCAGCAAAAGCAGCAAAUAAAGCAGUGACCAGACUACCAGGAGCUGAGCCUUAUACAGCACCUGAAGCUCUUGCCCAACACAUCAUGAGCACAGAUCCCAACAAAGAGCAGACUACAAAGAUGGAUGUAUUCAGUUAUGGUGUUUUACUCUGUGAAAUAAUAACUUGUCAUUUUCCAGACAGGUAUGUAUUUCGAGACAUGCUUCAUCAGGUGCAGAGCAUCAGCAGCAGACCAAUUGGUACCAGUGAUACACAGGGCUCUCUCCUAUACUCUCUCAUCGUUUGGUGCUGUAAGGAUAAUCCUUUGGAACGACCAUCAAUGAGUCAAAUUAUUGAACAAAUUGAUGUUAUUUCUAUGUAGAAGUAGAUGUAAUAGAUGUAAUUUUAAUUUUUUUAUUUAAUUUUUUGCUGUUUGUGCAGUUGUCAUAAGUUUGUGUAGACAACACACCACCCACUA